UGUAGAGUUUCAUUAAGCGGUGGCUUAAUUUUAUUUUUAACCUAUAAACUAAUCGCGCGUGGUAUAAUUAAAUUACAAAUAAUUUAGUUGGGUGUAAAAUUAUAUAAUGGUAUUUACCACAGUAAUUAAUUUCGUAAGAACUAGAGGCCCUGACGAAAUUUGGAGAAAACGGAGGAUUUUCAAAAUUGCUGCUCAUUUCAUCGGACGAAGAAGAAACUGUUACAGCAUCGCCGUAAGAAAUGUACAUAGAGCAUUAGCUUACGCUACAAAAGGAAGAAAAUUGAAGAAAAAGGACAUGGCAAACUUGUGGGAAACGAGGGUAACUGCGGGCUGCGAACAACAUAAUAUUAGUUAUACGAACUUUAGGGAAGGUUUAGUGAGGUGUAAUAUUUUAUUAAAUCGAAGAACUUUAGCAGAUUUAGCCUGUUGGGAACCUUAUACCUUCAAAGCACUCACCGAUAUCGCUAAAAGAAAAGCUGUUGACGAUGGUUUAGCUGGUGUGAAUGCUGAUACGACCCUCGAUAGAAUAAUAACCAGAGGAAGUUUAAAUAAACAUAAAUCGAAUUAAUAAAAUUGUAUUUAUUAUUUAUUAAUAAAUUAGUAUUAUAG